UUCUCGCGCUUCCCGCUGCUCCCGCGCAUCGGCCAGCCCCGCCCGGCUCCCGAGCCAGCCAUGGCGCUGGCCUUCGGGGGCAUCCAGCUGGGCGCCUAUAUGGAGAUCAAGCGGAGCGACGGGCGCAUCCACCCGGCGCUGGUGACGGCGCUGCACGAGGAGAGCGGCUGCGUGACGGUGGAAUGGAUCGAGCGAGGCGCCAACAAGGGCAAGAAGGUGGAGCUGGGCCUGGCCUUCGCGCUCAACCCGCACCUGGCCCCGACGGCGGGGCGGUUCAGCCCCGAGCAAGGCGACCGCUCCGGCCUCUCGCCGCGCUUGGGGCUCAGCCCCGUGGGCCAGGAGAAGCCCAGCGGGGACGGCGCCGAGAGGGAGCCGCUGCCCUUGCUGCGGAGGCCGCCCUCGACGGGCGCGGCGGGCAGGCUCAGCCCCAGCCCGGGACACAAGUCGCCCUGCGUGCUGGAGGUGGAGCGGCUGCGCGAGCGGCGGGAGAAGAGGCACCAGGAGGUGCUGGAGAGGCGCGCCCGCCGAGGGGCCCGCGACGCCCACCCCCACGCAGACCUCAUCGACAUGAUCGCCCAGUACCGCGCCACCUUGCAAUGCGAGGGCGGCCCCGAGGCCCUCCUGGCCCACAGCUCCCCUCUAGAGCCCAGCCGCUCCCAGGCCUCGACCUCGGGUGCCGCCCGGCGCAUCUGCGUCUGCGUGCGCAAGAGGCCGCUCAACCAGCGCGAGGCCGAGCUCAAGGACGUGGACGUGGUCAGCAUCCCCUGCCCCAACGUCGUGAUGGUCCAUGAGGCCAAGCAGAAGCUGGACCUCACUCGCUACCUGGAGAACCAGGCCUUCCGCUUUGACCAUGCCUUCGACGACCACGCCACCAACGAGAGCGUCUACCGGCACACGGCCCAGCCCUUGGUGGAGACCGUCUUCCAAGGCGGCAUGGCCACCUGCUUCGCUUACGGCCAGACCGGCAGUGGCAAGACCCACACCAUGGGCGGCGACUUCAGCAGCAAGCGGCAGGACUCUUCCACCGGCAUCUACGCUAUGGCGGCCCGGGAUGUCUUCCGCCUGCUGCAGGACCCCCCUUACAAAGCCCUAGGCCUCCAAGUCUUUGGGGCUUUCUUCGAGAUCUAUUGGGGCAAAGUCUACGAUCUGCUCAACUGGAAGAGCCGCCUGAGGGUGCUGGAGGACAGCCACCAGCAGGUUCAGGUAGUGGGGUUGCUGGAGCAGGAGGCCCUCUGCAUGGAGGACAUCAUGAAGCUGAUUGAGGUGGGCAAUCGGUGCCGGACAUCGGGACAGACCUCAGCAAACUCUCACUCCUCACGUAGCCACGCUGUCUUCCAGAUCAUCCUCAAGAGAAGAGGGAGGCUGCAUGGUAAGUUUUCCUUGAUCGACUUGGCCGGCAAUGAGCGAGGAGCGGACACCUCCACUGCAGAUCGGCAGACCCGUCUGGAGGGAGCAGAAAUCAACAAGAGCCUCCUGGCACUCAAAGAAUGCAUCCGGGCCUUGGGGCGCAACAAAGGCCACAUGCCCUUCCGCGCCAGUAAGCUCACCCAAGUUCUGAGGGACUCCUUCAUCGGAGAGAACUCCUGCACUUGUAUGAUCGCCACCAUUUCUCCAGGGUUGAGGUCCUGCGAGCACACGCUCAACACCCUCAGGUAUGCCAACCGAGUGAAGGAACUCUCCGUGGACCCCAGUGCCUUCAGACCAUUUCACCCCAUCUUGCCUCGACCCAUCAUCCAGUUAGAAGACUUGACAAGACCGUGGGCCAUCCAGAGUUUGCCAGAAACAGAUGAGUUCAAGGUGUUCUGUGUACAGAAAGAAGAUCAAAUCUCCCCGCCAACUCCAACAUUUGUCACCAGCGGGAAGGGUCAGCAGAAGAGGAAAGAAAUGGACGAGAGAGCUCUGGUGGAAGAGCACCAGGAGUCACUCAAGUGGUUGAAAGCUUUCUUCCAAAUGACAGAAGAUGCAGACUAUGACAUGGAGUUUUAUGCUGCCCAGUUCGAAGCAGUCCUGGCCCAAAAGAUUGCCAUCCUGUCAGAGAUCCAAGAAAAAGUGAAAUCUUUUCGAACCAGUCUCUCCAAGGAAGAUUUGGGGGCCAAUCGGCACAUAAUCAUAAAGAGGUCCCGUAUGCUGUGAAUUGCAAGGAUGGGAUAAUCCCAUUCCAUUUUUACUGUCAAUCAAUAUCAGUUUUAGGACACUGUGCAUCUUCCCAUAAUAUCACAGCUUUAAAAAGUAUCUAAGAUCCUAUAUCUGUGUGGGUGUCCUAAUCGAUUGUUUCAGUGGAAGAGAUUUUCCCUUCUCUGCUAUGCUGUCUCAAACUCCUUGUCGCAAACGUCUCCUGAGAACAUCUCCAUAUGUUUCCUUUAGCAUCUUGAGAUAACAUCCUGUCAAGUUCAGAACACAAAUCCCUGGAAAUUUGCCAUUUUGAGUGGUCCUUAAACAAAGCAUAGUGAAUUAGAAUAUAAAACUAUUUCUCUAGUGUCCCGUUGAAGGCAUUCAAGUUGUCUUGUGGCACAUGCUGACCAGCAUCUGCCAGCUUUUCACCUCUAUAUCCUUGCCAUCCAUUCUUAGCACCUUUUGAAAGAUAUAUUUGAAGGCAAUCACACGCGUCACACUCGUUUAGAAAUUAAGAGAAAAAAAGGCAGUCCAGUGUGCAAAGGUCUAAUCGUACAGAGGACGAGGUUGAUAUAUGGGUGCUUUUAAGAUGGAAAAGGAAUGUGCAUAUCCAGAAACUUUCAUAAGAACGACCUACCUAUAAAUUGUGCACCUGUGGAAAGUCUGAAACUGGGAACAUACAUUUUAUGAUCAGUCUUCUCAAACACAGUUUGCCACCAAGGACUCAGUAGAAGAGCAUGUUCCUUACAUUCCAAAAGUCCUAGGCUAACCCCUUCCUGGGG